ACACCCGUAUUGGUUCGUUCAUGAAACAUCCGGUUGUGGAGGAUUAAUUUGAGUUAAACUGACCCGCGUAAAAUUUUUCAUAGGUUAUAUUAAAAAAUAGCUAUACAAAUAAUAAAGUGUUUUUGGAGAAAUAACUGGGAUGGAUUUCGAUGUUAUCCUGCGUGACGUGGGAGAAUUUGGACGAUACCAGAUACUGUUAUUAAUCUUCGUUAUUAUACCGGCAUGCGUCCCAGGGGGAAUGCAUAGCUUUUCCCAGUUGUUCUUAGUGGCCACACCGAAGCACUCCUGCCACAUCCCCAUCAACAGUACGCAAUUCAACUCUUCUCUGUUUAUUCCGCGUGGAGCAAAACCCAGCGAUAUCGACGCCCAGUGCCUAAUGUACGAUUUGGAUUAUACAAACGACACCAUGCUAACGUCAUUCACACCGACUUACGAUACACCGAUCUCCCCGUGCAGAUACGGAUGGGAUUAUGACCGCUCCAUGUACCGGUCAACGGUAGUAACGCAAUGGAACCUCGUGUGCUCGCAUAAACUGCUCCCCACUUUCUCUUUAACAGUACAUACUUUCGGUAGUUUAACCGGCUCGUUGUUACUGGGAUACGUCGGUGACCGGUUCGGUCGUAAACCCGCCUAUUAUAUUGCCGUGACCCUUCAGCUACUCAGCGGUGUGGGGACGGUUUUCGCGCCCAAUUUUGUGGUCUUUUGCAUUAUCCGUUUCAUCAAUGGAUUAACCACAAUCCCGGUGUGGAUAUUCCCGUUAAUCAUGGCGCUGGAACUGAUCGGUCCCAAUAAACGUGCCCCCGUGGGAACGACCAUGUCGCUGAUUAACACCUUAGCGGUUUUGGGUUUGGGUGGUAUUGCCUAUGCCAUUCGCGACUGGAUGUCCCUACAACUGACCGUAACUUUGUCAUUUUCGUUUUUGAUAUUCUGGUGGUGGCUGUUACCAGAAUCGCCACGCUGGCUGAUGGCAGAAGGUCGUUUCGAAGACAUGUUGAAAAUUGUGAAGAAAAUAGCCCGAUUGAAUCGAGUCGAACUGACCGAAGAGCAAAUCGAAACAUGGCGGGAUACUUAUUUUAAAAGUACCGGGAAAGUCGAUUUAACUGCGGCGCGCUACAGCCCGUUAGAUUUAUUUCGCACGCCGAAUCUCCGGAUGAAGACCAUCCUGAUGGUGUUCAAUUCGUUCAGCAACAACCUCGUCUACAACGGUCUGAAUUUCUUCGUUCCUCAACUUGGCGACAACGAACACGUCAGUUUUCUGUUGAGUUCCGUUGUGGAAGUGCCAUCAUACUUCAUUCUGUACUUCACCCUGGAUCGUUUUGGCCGUAAAGUCACCAUUAUGUCGACCAUGCUGAUUGGUGGAAUAUUUAGUCUGCUGGCAGCGGCCACGGCCACAUUGCCAACAACCAUGAUGGUGUUGGUUCUCGCUGCCAAAUUCUGCAUCAACCUAUCUUUUUUUAUCGUGGAUUUAAUGGUAUCCGAAUUAAUUCCCACUGUGGUGCGAGGGGAAGGUGCCACGUUAACCCAGACCGUAUCAGCUAUUGGGCUGUGUAUUAGCCCGGCCAUUAUGUACUGGGGGAACCAGAAUGAAAUGGGUCCAUUAAUUCUGUUUGGUGUCCUUGCGCUGGCUGGUGCGGGGGCUAUUCUGCGAUUACCAGAGACGGCUAAUACGAAACUGCCGGAUACCCUUGAAGAAGGAGAAGAGUUUGGGAAACAUGCGCGAUGGAUUAACGUAAUACCGCGAUGUUGUCGGAAAUCCUGUGAUGGAGAUACGGAGACAGAAAGCGGUUCGGAUUCGGGGCCAGAAAAGGCUAUCUUGUUAUCUAAACUGCCGUAGCGGCAUUUUGUCAUUACAGCCAACAAAUAUAAAUAUUACACAUUAACUUGCUCCUUAAUCGCUACUAUGUAGCGUUUUUGGCGGGUAAUCGAAGCCUAUACAUAUCUGACAAACGAUCUUUCUAUGUG